UCAAUAAAUAAUAAUUAUUUAAACUUAUAAUUAUUUGAACCAGUACCCACUUAUGGUUUCACUAAGGAAUUUGUUUGGGUUGUCAUUAAUCUAAUAAUACAAAAUCUCCAUUUUAUGUGCUUAGUGGUGUUAAUUAAGGAAAUUAAUUUUCCUAUUGUUAAUUAUGGAAAUGAAUUAGACGUAGGUAUGGAAUAGGACAUGUUAGGUACGGAUUUUUUUUUUGUGUCAAUUAAGUAAAUGAAAUUAAACGUGGGUUAUGAAAUUAAGGAAAGACAAGGUAAUUAAAAUAAUUUUUAUGGUUGUCAAUUAGGGAUGAUUUUUAAUUAGGAUUAUUUUCAUGUCUUGUUUUAUUUAAUUAUUUCCAUAAUUACCGGUGGAUGUUAAUUAUAGAAAUGAAUAUAUAUGUGGGUUAAUUAGACAAAUUUUGGUAUUUAAUAAUUAUAGAAAUAAAUACAUAAUAUUAAUUAUGAAUCAAAUCGAUUUUUGGGGAAAGAAAAUGUCACCGGCGAUAGGUCCGACGCCGGCAGCGGACCCCAUUCGAACUCCGGCGGCGGACCCCGUCCGAACUCCGGGGGCGGACCGCGUCCGAACCAUGGGAGCGAACCCCGUCCGAAAUCCGGCGGCGGACCUCGUCCGAACUACGAGGGCGGACCCCGUCCGAACUCCGGCGGCGGACCCGAAAUCGCCAAAGAAGGCGAAGAAGAAAACGACGCCAAGAUUUUUGUCGGGACUGGCGGAAGAAAAAAGAGGAAGACGAAUUGUCGUUGAGAUUUGCUAUAGAGAAAAGAAUCCGACCAGGUUUUUGUGAAAGAGAAAAAGAUGAUGAUGACCCAGACCACAGGAACCAGUUGGCGGCCGGCGAUUUCAGUUUUUGUCAGCGGCAUCGAGACCCUCCGGCGAUUUUGUUUCACUAGGGCGGUGGCAGCAACACCCAGUCGGCGGUUCCAGUCCAUGACGGCAGCAAAAGAUUUGACUUGUUUCAGUUUCGAUUCUAAUAGUGUUUAAGGGCAAAAUUGAUUUUUUAUCCAAAAAUACGGGCGCCGAAUAGCAGUUCAUUUUACUUUUGAGGCUUUUGGGAUAUCGUGCGUUGCUUAGGGAACUGUGAGUGGGAGAUGAGAUGACCAGUGCCUCUUUUCUUACCACAUGUUUCUUAUCCCACAUUUCCCUCUGGCACAUUAACCACAAAGACUGACAAGAGGGCGAGAGGGGUCAAGUCGAUUGCCCUUUGAGAAAGAGAGAGAAGUAAGAUCUGCGUCCUCCUCUUCUACUUUCACUCCACUGAAUCUUCUGUUACCACUCUCUUUCUCUCAGUUCUUUCUUCUAGUGUCUCUUAUUUUUUCUUUUUUGGAGAUGAGCAGAGUUGGAGUGAUCAACUAGCGGAUUUCAGGUGAUUUUUGUUUAGGUGAUUUUUCUUACUCCUCUGUUUCUCUCAAUUCUUGCCUCUGGUUUCUCUUAUACUUUCUUUUUGGAGAUGAGCAGAGUUGGAGUGAUCAACUGGCGCGUUUUAAAUGCCUGGCAAAUUUUUUAAGAAACCCAUAUCCGCGGGUUCUGUUUUGUUUUAGGUAAUAAUUUUGUCAUAUAUGAGUUUGUUAUGUCUGAUCAAGGAUCGGUCACUCUCUCUCAAUUUUCCUCUGUUUAUCUCAGUCCCUGCUACGGAUGCUGCUCGGAACCAGGAGAAUCACAAUCAUCAUCGUCGCAGUUAAAUCUACUAACCUCUCUCUCUCUCUCUCUCUCUCUCUCUCUCUCUCUCUCUCUCUCUUCUGAACGUUGUGUUCUUUCUUCUCUUGAUGGCACUGUUGCAUCUUUUUUUUCCUACUAUGGUUUCCCUAUUUGAAAUCUUGGCGUUGCAUGUUCAUCUCUUUUCACGUGGUUGUUCAUUGUGAAACCUAUUCACGAAGAUUUGCUUGCUGUCAUUGUACGCCGCAGAUAUGACAUAGUUGUGGCUUGCAAAUACUAACAUGCUUAUUGCGACGUACAUCCACUGGGAACCACAUGAGUCGCUUAAAUAAUUGAUAUUGGUGUUUUAAUACAACUUACUCUUAAUA